AUGGCGAGGUCCAACGCCAGCAGCGGCAGGAGCCCCCAGCCGCCCGCCGUCGAAAGACAGCCCUCGGCCCCGACCAAGAACAAGUCCAAGGCCAAGAAGAAUGCCUCGUACAAGUCGGACGGCGUCGACGAUCACGAUGUCUUCCUCUUGCCCGUAUCCGACUACACCGUGGCCCUUGGCGUCACCGUCCUCGCCGCCAUUGUCCGCAUCUUUAGAAUCUAUCAGCCGAGCAGCGUCGUCUUUGACGAAGUUCACUUCGGCGGCUUUGCCUCCAAGUACAUCAAAGGGAGGUUCUUCAUGGACGUUCAUCCACCCCUCGCCAAGAUGCUCAUCGCUCUCACUGGCUGGUUGGCUGGCUUCGAUGGCAAUUUUGACUUCAAGGACAUUGGCAAGGAUUAUCUCGAGCCCGGCGUGCCCUACGUUGCCAUGCGCUUGUUUCCCGCCUUCUGCGGCAUUGCCCUUGCCCCCUUCAUGUUCCUGACCCUCAAGACGGUCGGUUGCCGCACCAUGACCGCCGCGAUGGGCGCUUGCCUCAUCAUCUUUGAAAACGGCCUCUUGACACAGGCUCGCUUGAUUCUCCUCGACUCGCCCCUCGUCGGCGCCACCGCCCUGACCGUCCUCGCCUUUUCCUGCUUCACCAACCAACACGAACAGGGCCCGGCCAAGGCGUUCCAGCCUGCAUGGUGGUUCUGGCUCGUCAUGACCGGCCUCGGCUUGGGAGUCACCCUGUGGGUGCUUUUGGGCGACAACAGGAACGUGACACUGCGCCUGUGGGCCAAGCACAUCGCCGCCAGAGCCUUUUGUCUCAUCGUCAUUCCCAUCACCUUCUACAUGGCCAUGUUCGCCAUUCACUUUGUCUGCCUGGUCAAUCCCGGCGACGGCGACGGCUUCAUGAGCUCCGAGUUUCAGGCGACGCUGAAUAGCAAGGGCAUGAAGGACGUUGCCGCCGACGUUGUCCUGGGAAGCCGCGUGACGAUUCGCCACGUCAAUACACAAGGUGGUUAUCUGCACUCCCACCCUCUCAUGUAUCCUACAGGUAGCAAGCAGCAGCAAAUCACCCUGUAUCCGCACAAGGACGAGAACAACGUCUGGCUUCUCGAGAACCAGACCCAGCCCCUUGGGCCCAACGGACCGCACUACAUCACCGACGGUACCGUUCUCAGACUCUACCACCAGCCUACGCACCGCCGUCUGCACUCGCAUGACGUGCGGCCGCCAGUCUCCGAGGCCGAGUGGCAGAACGAAGUCUCUGCCUAUGGCUUCGACGGGUUCGAUGGCGAUGCCAACGACUUCUUCCGCGUCGAGAUUGCCAAGAAGAGGUCGGUUGGCACCGCGGCCAAGGAGCGGCUGCGCACCAUCGAGACCAAGUUCAGGCUUGUCCACAUCAUGUCCGGCUGCGUUCUCUUCUCCCACAAGGUCAAGCUCCCUGAAUGGGCCUCUGAGCAGCAAGAGGUGACGUGCGCCAAGAGCGGAGACAACGUGGAAAAAGUCAACUAUCGCGACCCCGGAUUCUUUGGCAAGUUCUGGGAGCUGCAGCAGGUCAUGUGGCGCACCAACGCUGGCCUGGUCGAGUCCCACGCCUGGGAUUCCCGGCCCGAGUCGUGGCCCAUUCUGCACCGCGGCAUCAACUUCUGGGGCAAGCAUCACACCCAGAUUUAUCUCAUCGGUAACCCGAUUGUCUGGUGGUCUUCCACCAUGGCCAUCGUUGUCUGGGUCCUCUUCAAGGGCAUCGCCGUCCUCCGAUGGCAACGCAGCUACAACGACUACUCGAGCAACACGUUCAAGCGAUUCGACUACGAGAUCGGCACCUACGUUCUCGGCUGGGCGCUGCAUUAUUUCCCCUUUUACCUCAUGCACCGCCAGCUGUUCCUUCACCACUACUUCCCGGCUCUGUACUUUGCGGUCAUCGCCCUUUGCCAAAUGUUUGACUACCUGACUGCCCGGAUUCCCGGCGUUGGCGCCCGCGACAGCGCCGCCGUCAAUCGCAUUGCGACCAGCGAGUGCAACCGAGUGAAGCUGUUUAACGGCUGGGACUGGGACUGCAACAACUUCUUUGACACGUACGCGGCGUACACGGCCGAAGACACGCCCUCAAGUUCCUUGGCCGCCACCUCCACCAGCCCCGGCGCCAAGAAACCCGCUGCGCCGGAGGCUGGCGAGAAGGUCGAGAAUGCCAAAGAGCCCGGCGUCUCGUCCUCUCCCCCCCCUCCGGGUCCUCGGGUCGUUGCCCAGGAGGAGAAGAUCGAGUACCGUGACCAGGACGGCAACCUCCUGGGCCCCGAGCAGGUCAAGGAGCUCGAAGGCAAGAUCGACUUCCAGACAAAGUACGAGACGCGCACUCGCGUCCUCGACGAGAACGGCGUCGAGAUACCGAUGCCCGAGGGCGGCUGGCCGGCCGAUAUGGGCGCGGGCGUGGCGCCGCCGCACCCUGACGUCCAGGGCGUCGACAAGGAGACGGCCAACGUAGAUGACGCCAAGCCCAACCACGACGCCGCGGCGAGCCGCGAUGGCGAGCGCGAGGCCGAGAGGGCAAAGGCCAAACCCGCGAGCGAGAGCAAGGACGCCACCGGCAAAGACGAGCUAUGA